AUGGAUAUUGAUAGGCAUAUUGCAACACUUUUAAGUGGAGGUUGUUUACCAGAAAGAGAUCUUAAAUUGAUUUGUGACCGAGCAAAGGAAAUCUUUCUUGAAGAAUCAAACGUUUAACCUGUUCGGGCUCCAGUUAAUGUUUGUGGGGAUAUACAUGGACAAUUCUACGAUUUGCAAGCUUUAAUGAAAGAAGGAGGAGACAUUCCUUCAUCAAACUAUAUCUUUAUUGGGGAUUUUGUUGAUAGAGGCUAUAAUUCAGUUGAAACAAUGGAAUACCUAUUAUGUUUAAAAGUAAAAUACCCUGGGAACAUUAUGUUACUCAGAGGAAAUCAUGAAUCCCGUUAAUGCACUCAAGUUUACGGGUUUUAUGAAGAGUUACUACGUAAAUAUGGAAACAGCAGUCCAUGGAGAUUAUUUAUGGAGGUCUUUGACUGCCUGCCAUUAGGUGCUCUAAUAGAGGGAUAGAUAUUAUGUGUCCACGGUGGUUUAUCCCCAGACAUGAGAACAAUUGAUUAGAUAAGAACAAUCGAUAGAAAAAUUGAAAUACCUCAUGAGGGACCCUUUUGUGAUCUGAUGUGGUCUGAUCCUGAAGAAGUAGAAUAUUGGGCAGUUAAUUCCAGAGGAGCUGGUUAUCUCUUCGGAGCCAAAGUGACAAAGGAGUUUUGCCGACUUAAUGAUCUCACUUUGAUAUGUAGAGCACAUUAAUUAGUAAUGGAAGGAUAUAAGUAUUGGUUCCCAGACUAAAACUUAGUAACAGUGUGGUCAGCACCAAAUUAUUGUUACAGAUGUGGCAACAUAGCCUCAAUAUUGUGUUUGGAUGAAAACUUGAAUUAAACUUGGAAGACAUUCAAAGAAGUCCCUGAAAGUGCCAAGAGCGUUAAUCCCAAGAGUGUUUUGCCAUACUUCUUAUGAAGUAUUUAGAUAGAACACAUUUUGAUACUUCUUAUGAAGUAUAAUAGAAUAUUAAUAAAAUUUCAUUUC